AAACCUUUCAGCAUAUCACUCCUCCCUCCCCGAUCCCGCCCUCUUUCCCUCUCUCUAAAACAGUCUCCAAAUCCACACCCUAGAGCUGAAACUCUCCGCCUUUCUUAUUCUACGAAGUCUCGAGUCGCCGAUUAGGGUUCCGCCGGACUCCGAAACGAUGAACGGCGAAGGUCGAAGAAGAGGAGGAGACCGACGAGAUCUAAGACUCUCGAAGCAGCAGAAGCUCAUCCUCACCGCCGAAGAGCAACUCGAGUCCAAGCUCGGUUUCGAUCUCUUCUCCGAAGGCGACAAGCGCCUCGGCUGGCUUCUCACCUUCUCAUCCUCAUCUUGGGAGGAUCAGGAUACCCACAAGGUCUACAGUUGUGUUGAUCUCUACUUUGUUUGUCAGGACGGCUCUACUUUUAAGACGAAGUACAAGUUCCGGCCAUAUUUUUAUGCGGCUACGAAGGAUAAAAUGGAAAUAGAUGUUGAGGCCUACUUGAGAAGACGGUAUGAGAGUCAGAUUGCUGAUAUAGAAAUUGUAGAGAAAGAAGACCUUAAUCUUAAAAACCAUCUAUCCGGUCUACGUAAACCUUAUCUCAAGAUAUCCUUUGAUACCGUUCAACAACUGAUGUGUGUAAAAAGUGAUCUUAUGCAUGUUGUUGAGAGAAACCAGGCAAAACUCGAUGCUGCUGAAGCUUACGAGUCCGUAUUAACAGGAAAAAGCAAACAACGACCGCAAGAUUUCAUAGAUUGUGUAUUUGAUCUUCGGGAGUUUGAUGUUCCUUACCAUGUUCGUUUUGCUAUUGACAAUGAUGUGAGAUCUGGGCAGUGGUAUGAUGUAAGUGUAUCCAGUGCUGGGGUUAUGUUGGAAAGGAGAAUCGAUCUCCUGCAACGUGCUGAAGUUCAUGUUUGUGCAUUUGAUAUUGAGACCACCAAGCUUCCUUUAAAGUUUCCAGAUGCUGAGUAUGAUUUAAUAAUGAUGAUCUCCUACAUGGUUGAUGGGCAAGGGUAUCUAAUUAUUAACAGAGAGUGUGUAGGAGAAGAUAUAGAGGAUUUGGAAUACACUCCAAAACCAGAAUUUGAAGGUUUUUUUAAAGUUACCAAUGUGAAAAAUGAGGAAGAGCUUCUUAGACAUUGGUUUGCCCACAUGCAAGAGGUGAAACCUGGGAUAUAUGUUACGUACAAUGGUGACUUUUUUGAUUGGCCAUUCCUAGAAAGCAGAGCAGCCCAUCAUGGGAGUAGAAUGAGUGAUGAGUUAGGAUUCAAAUGUGACCAGAAUCAAGGGGAAUGUCGUGCCAAAUUUGCUUGCCAUCUGGAUUGCUUUGCAUGGGUCAAACGUGAUAGUUAUCUUCCCCAGGGAAGCCAAGGCUUAAAGGCUGUUACCAAGGCCAAAUUGGGUUAUGACCCAUUGGAGGUGAAUCCAGAGGAUAUGGUUCGUUUUGCAAAGGAGAGGCCCCAGAUGAUGGCCUCCUAUUCUGUUUCAGAUGCCGUUGCAACUUAUUACUUGUAUAUGACCUAUGUCCAUCCAUUCAUUUUCUCUCUUGCCACAAUAAUACCCAUGCCACCAGAUGAGGUUUUGCGUAAAGGAAGUGGAACCCUUUGUGAGAUGCUUCUUAUGGUUCAGGCAUACGAGGCAAACGUUAUUUGUCCUAAUAAACACGAAUCGGAUCCAGAGAAGUUCUAUAGUAAUCAUCUCUUGGAGAGUGAGACAUAUAUUGGUGGCCAUGUGGAAUGCCUGGAAAGUGGUGUUUUUAGAUCUGAUCUACCAACUAGUUUUAAGCUUGAUCCAUCUGCUUAUGAGCAAUUGAUCAAUAAUCUUGAUCGGGAUCUGCAAUAUGCUAUUAGAGUGGAGGGUAAGAUGGACUUGGAUUUGGUUUCAAAUUAUGAUGAAGUGAAGAAUGCCAUUAUGGAAAAGCUUAUGAAUCUGCGAGAUGAACCUAUACGUGAAGAAUUCCCACUUAUUUAUCAUCUAGAUGUGGCUGCAAUGUACCCAAACAUUAUUUUGACGAACAGGCUCCAGCCACCAUCAAUUGUCUCAGAUGAGAUCUGCACCGCAUGUGAUUUCAACCGGCCGGGCAAAACUUGUCUUCGGAAGCUUGAAUGGGUCUGGCGUGGGGAGACAUACACGGCAAAGAAAAGUGAUUACUUUCAUAUGAAGAGGCAAAUUGAGUCUGAGUUUGUUGAUAGUGGAGAUGGCCAGAUAUCAAAAUCCUUUCUGGAUCUACCUAAAUUGGAGCAGCAAUCAAAACUCAAAGAGCGCCUAAAGAAAUACUGUCAGAAGGCUUAUAAACGGGUACUUGACAAGCCAGUAACUGAGCUACGAGAAGCAGGGAUCUGCAUGCGUGAAAACCCUUUUUAUGUUGACACUGUCCGCAGCUUCCGAGAUAGAAGGUAUGAAUACAAAGGACUCAAUAAGGUUUGGAAGGGAAAGCUGUCAGAAGCAAAGACAAGUGGAAAUUCUAUAAAGAUUCAAGAAGCACAAGAUAUGGUAGUACUUUAUGAUUCUCUACAACUGGCUCAUAAAUGUAUUCUCAAUUCCUUCUACGGAUACGUCAUGCGAAAGGGUGCAAGAUGGUACUCUAUGGAAAUGGCUGGAGUUGUUACAUAUACUGGUGCAAAAAUAAUCCAAAAUGCACGUUUACUCGUUGAGAAAAUUGGACGACCACUUGAAUUAGACACUGAUGGUAUCUGGUGUGCUUUACCUGGAUCCUUCCCUGAGAACUUCACUUUUAAAACAAAAGACUCAAAGAAGAAGCUGACAAUUUCAUAUCCUUGUGUUAUGCUUAACGUUGAUGUUGCAAGGAACAACACAAAUGAUCAGUACCAGACACUCAAAGAUGCGGUUAAUAAAACAUACACAACUCACAGUGAAUGCUCAAUUGAAUUUGAAGUAGAUGGACCCUAUAAGGCAAUGAUUCUUCCAGCUUCUAAGGAAGAAGGAAUUUUAAUUAAGAAGCGCUAUGCUGUUUUUAAUGAUGAUGGGACUCUGGCAGAGCUUAAAGGUUUCGAGAUCAAGCGUAGAGGUGAGCUGAAGCUCAUCAAAGUUUUUCAGGCUGAGCUUUUUGACAAAUUCCUUCAUGGAUCAACCUUAGAGGAAUGCUACUCUGCUGUUGCAUCAGUUGCCAACCGUUGGCUCGAUCUUCUCGAUAAUCAAGGGAAGGAUAUUGCGGACAGCGAGUUACUUGAUUAUAUAUCAGAAUCAAGCACGAUGAGCAAGUCCCUAGCAGACUAUGGCCAACAAAAGUCAUGUGCAGUUACCACUGCAAAACGUCUUGCUGAUUUUCUUGGUGAUGCAAUGGUCAAAGACAAAGGACUGCGUUGUCAAUAUGUAGUUGCAUGCGAGCCAAAGGGUACACCAGUAAGUGAGCGUGCUGUCCCUGUUGCAAUAUUUGAAACUGAUCUUGAAAUAGUGAAGUUUUAUGUGCGGAAGUGGUGCAAGGUUUCAUCAGAUGUUGGUAUUCGCUCCAUUAUUGAUUGGUCCUAUUACAAGCAACGGCUUAGCUCAGCAAUUCAGAAAAUUGUUACCAUUCCUGCUGCAAUGCAGAAGGUUGCGAAUCCUGUACCUAGGGUAGUUCAUCCAGAUUGGUUGCAUAAGAGGGUUCGUGAGAAGGAGGAUAAAUUUCGCCAGCGGAAAUUGGUUGAUAUUUUCAGCUCAUUGAAGACGGAUGGUGACAUUAACAUGAGUAUUGGUCCUACGACCACCAAUCAAAUAACAGAUGAAAAGAAUCUUGCUGAUCUGGAGGACUUUAAGCACGGAGGUGGAACUUCUAUCACCAGACAUAGGCCUAUUGUUCGUUAUGAAGUCAAUAACAGAUUGCAUCUGGUUAAGGCAAGCUGUCAAGAAGAUUCUCCACAGAAACAAAGCGAAGGUGGUGGAAGUGUGCGUCAACCAUUGUCACCGCUGCACCACAAUAUCAUAAAUGUUGAAGAUAUUGACAGAAAUGUGGAUUAUCAAGGAUGGCUUGAGGUAAGGAAGAGAAGGUGGAAAGAUACUCUCGAGAAAAGGAAGCGGCAAAGGUUGGGAGAUUUGAAGGCACUAAACCAAACUAAUGGUGCUUUUGGGAUGCCUGGAAAGACAAAUCAGAAACAAACUCAGAGAAAAACUGGGGUCAAUUCCUAUUUUGAGAGGCAGGAAUUAGCCCUUAUACGCUCUCACUGGCAGAUAGUUCAAAUUGUACCGAGUUCGCAACAUGGACAAUACUUUGCCUGGGUUGUAGUAGAAGGCUUCAUGCGUAAGAUUCCUAUUGUUGUACCCCGAGUUUUUUACCUCAACUCUAAAGCUCCUAUAACAGCAGAAUUUCCUGGAAGGCGUGUCAACAAGAUUCUUCCUCAUGGACGCCAUAGCUAUAACCUAAUUGAGGUCAACAUUGAUGAAGAUCAAUUUAGGGCUGAAAGCAAGAAACUUGCUGCUCAUCUUGCAGAUCCAGAAGUUGAGGGAAUAUAUGAGACAAACAUGCCAUUGGAUUUUAACGCCAUCCUUCAGAUUGGUUGUGUUUGUAAACUGGAUAAAGCAGCUAAGAAACGAAAUCCCCAGGAUGGCUGGACUCUGGAUGAAUUACACAUGAAGACAACAACAGAAUGCUCUUAUUUGGAACAAUCAUUCUCUUUCUUCUACGUGUAUCACAGCAUCUCCGAGGGACGGGCUAUAUAUGUUGGAUUUUUUCCUGCAUCUAGGACAAUAUCAGUUGUGGUGGUUAAUCCUUUCCAGAAUAAGGAACUAUCACCACAUAUUAUUGAGAAGCAAUACCGUGAAGCUAGUCAAGCAUUGUCAAUUGAACCUCCCAUGCCUAGAGAUAGUACCAAUUUUAAGGUGGAUUAUGUUGGAAAUGUCAAGGAUGCCGAGAAGAUUAUACAAAGGAUAAUAAAUGAAUACAGGCAACUACAUCAUGUACCUGCAAUUGCUGUAAUUGAGUGCCCAGAAGUCCAUCUGAUGAAGUCGCAUAUACGUGCUCUGGAUGAUUUCCCAUGUGUUAGCAUCCCUUGUAAUGCUCGUGAUAGUAACUAUCAGGCUCUUGGGUGGCAAAUUAUGGCAUCAAAAAUUGGAAUGCAACGAUGUGCUGCAUCAUCUCAGUGGUUGAAUGAGAGAAUUUCUCUUUCGCGAUAUGCCCAUGUUCCACUAGGGAAUUUUGAACUUGAUUGGCUCAUGCAUACAGCAGAUAUCUUCUUUUCAAGAGCUUUACGUGAUCAGCAACAGGUACUUUGGAUAUCUUAUACUGGCAAUCCAGAUCUUGGAGGCAUUAAUGAAGAAGAGUCGUGUUUUGCUGAUGAGGUCAAUCAACCUGUUCUUACUUACCCUGGAGCGUACAGGAAAGUUACUGUAGAACUAAAGAUUCAUCACCUGGCUGUUGAUGCUCUUCUGAAAAGCAAUCAGUUGAAUGAGAUGGAAGGAGGUGUCUUGUUUGGGUUAGAGCAGGAUUUGAAUCCUGGAGCACAUACUUUGAAUGAACACUGUUGCUUUGAUGAGGUUACCUCAUGUUCUCCUGCGUUCCGUGUUCUCAAACAAUUGAUCCAAAGAUGCCUCACAGAUGCACUUACGUCUGGAAAUGUGUUUGCUGAUGCAAUAUUGCAGCAUUUAUACCGAUGGCUUUGCAGCCCACACUCAAAACUUCACGACCCAGCUCUUCACCGCAUGCUUCAUAAGGUCAUGCAAAAAGUGUUUGCGCUGUUGUUGGCCGAAUUUCGUAAGUUGGGUGCUGCAAUCGUGUUUGCCAACUUCUCAAAAGUUAUUAUAGACACAGGGAAGUCAGAUUUAUAUGCAGCCAAAGCCUACUGUGAUAGUUUACUCAAAACUCUACAAGCUAGAGACCUAUUCGAGUGGAUUGAGCUUGAGCCAGUGCAGUUUUGGCAUUCCUUGCUUUUCAUGGAUCAGUUCAACUAUGGUGGAAUCCAGGCUAGACUGAAUGGCCAAUCAUUAGAAGGUCUUUCUGAAUCAGAAAGCGGAAGCGAGCUUGAUGAAUCUCAAGUAGAUAUUGUUUCAAGCUGGAAUAUUGCUGAAAACUUACCUAAGACUACUCAGGAUCACUUCAUUUUGAUUGUCUCAGAAUUCAUAUAUAUACCAUGGAAAUAUGCACGAGAACAAACAGCAAUUAGAGCAUUGGUGAGGGAUGGCAACUUAUGCACUCCAUCAAUAUCUGGUGCAGCUGCUGAAAGUUUUGAGUCACACAUGACAGAAUAUCUCAGGGAGCAGAUCAGCUCUUACUUCGCAGAUAAACUUCUAAGGAUUGUUCGUGAUGCCAUUCAUCAUACGAAGGGAAUGAACAAUCCUAGUGCUGACCAACAUAUGUCCUAUGGACAUCCGCUUGUCACUAAUAUCCAUAUGGGUGAUCCUGCGCUAGAUUUCAUUAAGCAUGUCUGUGCUGUUCUGGCUCUCGAUCAAAAUGUUCAGCAUGAUAUUCUGAUCAUGAGGAGGAAUCUCUUAAAGUAUGUGCGCGUGAGGGAGUUUGCUCCAGAAGCUGAAUUUCGCGAUCAGUGUCUAUCCUUCACUUUGCCAAAUGUCAUUUGUAGCUACUGCAACGACUGCAGAGACCUAGACUUGUGCCAUGACAAAGCCUUUUUGGCUCAAGAGUGGCGCUGUGGUGUGCCACAGUGUGGGCAGCCAUAUGAUCGUGAGGCAAUGGAGAAUGUUCUUCUUCAGAUUGUAAGACAAAGAGAACGCCUCUAUCAGCUUCAAGACCUAGUGUGCCUAAAGUGCAACCAGGUCAAAGCAGCACACUUAUCUGUGGUCUGUGCUUGUGCUGGAUCAUUUAGAUGUAAGGAAGAUGUGUCCGAGUUCCGCAACAAAAUGCAGAUUUUCUUGAACAUAGCUAUCCAUCAGAAAUUUCAACUACUAGAAGAAUGUACUUCGUGGAUUCUUGAAAUGAAAUGAAUUUCAGAAUAGGUCUCUUGUUUAGCUGAUUCAAUGUUGUAGAUGCAUGAUCGCAAUUAUUUAUACCGCCUGGGCGGACAUGGCUAAAAGUGGCCAUUUAACUCAUGAUGAUAAAGCUUCUUUCAACCACGGAAGAUGGAGACGAUGAAGCUGCAGAAGUUUGGGUGUGUCCGCUUAUGUCAAAGCUGCAAGUUUAUUAUUGUACAUAAGCUUGUAAUUUAAGCAAUCACUUGAUGUAGAAUGUAAAUAUGCCCUCAUAGGUAUCUCUAAAGCUCAAUGUACAUUUUUGGCCUCAGUAUCACAGUUAGUCACGUAAUUUGUAAAGGUCUGGUUUUUAUGUGCAUGUAAUUCUUUUGCUUGAUAUAGAGAACAAAUAUUUCAAUACCAUUCCAUAAUAUAUAGCUUCCUUCAGUUCCACAUAA